CACCUGGGUUCCAGCUGGCCAGGCAGGGUGGCGGGCUCGGCGGCCGGCCGGGCGGGGCCCGCUGGGUGCCCGGCGUGCCCGGGCGGGCUGGGUGUGUUUGCGCGACCCCGGGGGCGUGUGCGCGCACGGUGGUGACAUGCGGGGGGCGGCGAGCGCGCGGGCCCGCGGCCUGAGAUCGCCGCCGCGGCAAGGCUUCCCCCGCACAAAGCCCGGAGCGGGCCGCGGCCGGAGCGCGGGGACCCCGGUCGCUUUCCCUUGCCCUGUCCGGGGAAGGCCGCGCGCGAGGAAUGGCCUCACAUCCAGGGGCCAGCGGGGAGCGGCGACCACGGGGCCUGAGAACAGAGCUCUGCCUUCCAGGGACACGGCCUUCGUCCAGGUGAGGAGACACAAGCAGGAGGCGGCAGGGACAGGAAUUGAACGGCAAGCCACCUCCCAGAGCUUGGUGACAUUCGGGGAUGUGGCUGUGGAGUUCUCCCCGGAAGAGUGGGCGUGGCUGGACUCUGCUCAGAGGAGCCUGUACCGGAGUGUGAUGCUGGAAAACUACGGGAGCCUGGUCUCGCUGGGACUUUGUGUUUCUAAGCCCAAAAUGAUCUCCUCAUUGGAACAGAGGAAGGAGCCCUGGGCGGCGAAGAGAACGUUCACAAGAGGCGGGUGUCCAGACUCACGGGCUCUGCCAGAGACCAAGGAGUUAUCUUCAGAGAAGAACUUCUAUGAAGAAAAGUCAUCCCAGGCGGUGCUAAUGGAGAGGCCCACAACCUACAGUCUGGAGUGCUCCGUUCUAGGGGAAGACGGGGGUUACGGUGCUGUGUUGGAGAGGCAUCUGGGCUUGGUAACCAUCACGAACAUGGCUGUAGACGUCUCCCAGCAGCCAGGCCCAACUCGGAAGAGUUUCCGUAAGAACGUCGUGUGGGAGGACCACAGUAUGGGGGCAGUAGGACGUUGUGUGUCUGAGCCAGACUUGGUCUCUUUGCUGGACCUUGGGAAGGAACCCUGGGUGGUGAAAGGAGAGCUGGCAAGAGGCCCGUCCCCAGGCCAGCAGUCUAUACAUGAGACCCAGGAGUUAUUACCAAAGCAGGAUUCAUUUGCUGAAGUGGUAACAGACAGAACUUCAAACACUAACCUAGAGAGUUCCACUUUCAGAGGAAGCUGGGAUUCUGAGGGUCUGUUUGAAAGGAAGCUGGCAGGUCAGAAGACACAAUUCAGGCAGGAGGCAGUCACUCACAACAAAAUCCUCUCUAAGGAAAGAGAGUGUCCAUAUAACAAAUCUGGAAGAUGGUUCCACUUGGACAUUUCAGAAGAGAGAGUUCACCGCUGUGAUUCAGUUAAGAAAACUUUCCCCCCAAGUUCAGUGGUAAUAAAACAUGCAGGAAUCUAUGCAGGAAAAAAACUUUUCAAAUGUAAUGAAUGUAAGAAAACCUUUACCCAGAGCUCAUCCCUCACCGUGCAUCAGAGAAUUCAUACUGGAGAGAAGCCCUAUAAAUGUAGGGAAUGUGGAAAGGCCUUCAGUGAUGGCUCAUCCUUUGCCCGACAUCAGAGGUGUCACACCGGCAAGAAGCCCUACGAAUGUAUGGAAUGUGGGAAAGCCUUCAUACAGAACACAUCCCUUAUCCGUCACUGGAGGUAUUAUCACACUGGGGAGAAACCCUUUGACUGCAUCGACUGUGGGAAAGCCUUCAGUGAUCACAUCGGACUCAAUCAGCACAGGAGAAUUCAUACUGGAGAGAAGCCCUACAAAUGUGAUGUGUGUGACAAAGCCUUUAGGUAUGGCUCAUCCCUGACUGUCCAUCAGAGAAUUCACACAGGAGAGAAACCAUACGAAUGUGACGUGUGUAGAAAAGCCUUUAGCCAUCAUGCCUCGCUCACUCAGCACCAAAGGGUGCAUUCUGGAGAGAAGCCUUUUAAAUGUAAAGAAUGUGGGAAAGCCUUUAGGCAGAAUAUACACCUUGCUAGCCAUCUGAGGAUUCAUACUGGCGAGAAGCCCUUCGAAUGUGGGGAAUGUGGUAAGUCCUUCAGCAUCAGUUCCCAGCUGGCCACCCAUCAGAGAAUUCAUACCGGAGAGAAGCCAUACGCUUGUAAGGUCUGCAGCAAAGCUUUCACCCAGAAGGCUCACCUGGCGCAGCAUCAGAAAACUCACACAGGAGAGAAACCCUACGAGUGUAAGGAAUGUGGGAAGGCCUUCAGCCAGACUACACACCUUAUUCAACACCAGCGAGUUCACACGGGAGAGAAACCCUAUAAGUGCAUGGAAUGUGGGAAGGCCUUUGGCGACAACUCCUCCUGCACUCAGCACCAGAGGCUUCACACUGGCCAAAGGCCUUAUGAAUGUAUUGAAUGUGGGAAGGCCUUCAAGACAAAGUCGUCCCUCAUCUGUCAUCGCAGAAGUCACACUGGGGAGAAACCUUACGAAUGUAGCGCGUGUGGCAAAGCCUUCAGCCAUCGGCAGUCCCUUAGCGUCCAUCAGAGGAUUCACUCUGGAAAGAAACCGUAUGAAUGCAAGGAAUGCAGGAAAACCUUCAUCCAAAUCGGACACCUCAAUCAGCACAAAAGAGUGCACACGGGAGAGAGACCCCACAACCAUAAGAGAAGCAGAAAGGUCUUCAGGCAGAGCACACACUUUGCACAUCAGAGAAUCCACACUGGAGAGUCACCUGCAUGCCCCUCUUUACCUGCUACAUCAAAUCCUGUGGAUCUGUUACCCAAGUUUCUCUGGAAUCCAUCCUCACUCCCAUCACUCUAGUCCAGAGACAUUGUGACUCAGAUAGACCUCUCCAGCAGUUUAAAACCUGUUCUCUCUCUUCUUUCUAUUCUGUUCUUGUCCUGUACAAGUUUGUUUUUCACGUUGUUGCAGUUAGAACAUGAAGAUUUUUGUUUUAAGUGAAAAUAGAAUUCAUUUACUCCUCAUGUAAACACUUAUGUUGAGAUCCUUCAUAUUGGUUAAUGCAUAAGAUGUGUGUAGCACAAUGGCUGGUCCAUACUAAGCAUUCAGUAAUGUUAGCUCUUUUAAAAACGUUGUUUUCAGACAUUGAAAAGUUACCAUAGGCAACUCUGACUGAAAAUGAUGCAUAGAAUGAAGCUAAGAGAAGCCGGAUAUUAGAUCAGGAACAGGCGUUUCAAGAUAGUGAGGCUUUGCCUGUUCUGGUUUAAAACUUGAUUCCAUAAUGUUGAGUUAGUAUUAUGGCUUCUCAUUUAUCUGCAUAAAGUGUAAGGUGCUGUGACCUUGUUGGUGAGAAAAUUACAUCUGACAACAGUCUUAGAAAGUGUGUAGAGAACAUGGGUGAGGAGACCACCUGGAAGAAAAGAACUGAAACAAUCAGAGGAAAAGACAAGGUUCACCUGCGUACAGUUAAACCUUCUGACAUGUUACUCAAGAAUUAGAAAAUUUGGCAAGAUUUGAUCAUUUAAAGUCACCUGGGCUUAUGCGUGAAUUCCAUUAAACUUUCAAAGAACCACUAACCUUGACUAUGACUCGUGGCCAGAGCCUCACUGACUGUUUUGUAUGGCCCGUGAUCUGAUUUUUAGAAAUUAUUUUAGGGCUUCCCUUGUGGCACAGUGGUUGAGAGCCUGCCAAUGCAGGGGACACGGGUUCGAGCCCUGGUCUGGGAAGAUCCCACAUGCUGCGGAGCAACUAGGCCCGUGAGCCACAAUUACUGAGCCUGCGCGUCUGGAGCCUGUGCUCUGCAACAAGAGAGGCUGCGAUAGUGAGAGGCCCGCGCACCGCGAUGAAGAGUGGCCCCCACUUGCCGCAACUAGAGAAAGCCCUCGCACAGAAACGAAGACCCAACACAGCCAUAAAUAAAUAAAUUCAUUUAAAAAAAUUAUUUUAAUGGAGGAACAAGUGAAAAGAGUAAUAGCUUAAGACAACAUGAAAACUAUAUGAAAUUUAAAUUUCAGUGUCCGUAAAUAAAGUCUUAUUGGCUCACAGCCAUGCUCAUUUGUUUACAUACUGCUUAGGGCUGCUUUCACUCUACAAUAGCAGACCUGAGUAGCUGCAGCAGAGACAGUAUUGCCUGCAAAACUUCAAAUAUUUACUAUCUCUCCUUGUGCAGAGAAAGCUUGUGGACUCCUGCUCCAGUGCAGAGAAAAAUACACAGAAGUUUCUAAUUAUUUCUAUGAGGGUAAUACAACUCUUCCAUCAAAAACAAGAAAAACUAUAAAGCAACUUAUGAAUAGAGGUGAAAGAAUGUUAUUAAACUGUUGAACAAUAGGAAAUGUCAAUAAAAAGAGAAAUACUAUGUUUUUCUAGAUGAAGUAAUACUGUUAAAAUGUUUGUAAAUUGUCACUCCCAACAGAGUCCCCAGUAGGAUGUGUUUGCUCUGACAGUUUUAGUUGAAAACCACACAAGGAAGGAUGAUUUGUCAAACAUAGCAGGACAUUUAAAAAAUGUUUUGGUGGGACUUCCCUGGCGGUCCAGUGGUUAGGAUUCUGUGCUUCCACUGCAGGGGGUGUGGGUUCGAUCCCUGCUGGGGGAGCUAACAUCCCCCAUGCCGCGUGGUGAGGCCAAAAAAAAAAAAAGAAUCGUUGAAAAAAUGUUUUGGUAUAUAAUAAGAUUAGUGUUUCAUUAUUGGGGAAAUGAUGUUGUAACAAUUGAUUAUCCACUCUCCAAAAAGCGAAGCAUACCUAGACCUUACAGAGAAAUAUAAUACAGUUGUAUUUAUCGGCUCUAAUUAUGAAAUAAUAUGUUAGAGGCAAACACAGAAAGCAGGAAGGCUUUACUGAGUAGGGCAUGGAGCCCUGGAAGACAUGAAGAGAGUAAGCUGGCCUGUACAAAGAUUUAAAUAAACUUCGAUAUGGUGAAAGGUGUCAAAAAAGAUGUAAGAGACAGCUGGCAGAAAAUACACAACACAUAUGAAAAAAUAUGUCGUUUAAGAACAGAGUGCUAUGACACAAAGCAGUCGGGGAACUAGGCAGUGCUUACCAACAGGCGUGUCACAGUGGAAGAACUCGAAUAAAGAAAAUUUGUUAGGUUCUUAACCUCGUUGCUCAGAAAAUUACAGAUUUAAAACGAAUCUUCUUGACUCGCAGAUGGAUUAAAAUCUAAACUGCAGUUAAUUUCCCAUACUAGUUAUCAUUGUGGGAAAACAGGAGGUUGUUCAGCAUUACCAGUGUAGAUUUGUCUCCUCCUGUUUGGGGUGGCAAUAUGGCAUGACCUAUCCACACUAUAAAUAUGCAUUCCUUUUGAAACAGUAAUUCUAGAUCUAGGAGUUUCAUCCCAAUGGAAUAAAUAUAUAGAUAUAAAUAAUGUUUAUUGCAAAAUCUUUUUAAGUACAACAAAUAGGAUUUCAGUAUCCUGCCAAGCAGAUUGAUUAAAUUGUGAUUAUUCAAUACAGUAUUGUUCAGUUAGCAGAGAUUAAGCUCUACAUAUGCUCCUAUGGAGUAUUGUCUGUCCACAAUAUAUUAAAUGCAAUAUGUGAUUUGCCGAACUUUAUGUGUAAAAUAAUCUUGUAGUCAUAGAGUCAAAAUUAAUAUUGAAUAUAUAUGUGUGCGUGUAUAUGUGUGUGUGUAUUUUUUUUUCAGUAUAUAUGUUGAAAUCUGUUUUUGUCUUUAACACAUGCUUUUCCUAGCUCUUUGUUGGCACUUUGCCUUCAUUCUGUAUUGUUCUGUUGGACUGCCAGUCACACAUGGCACUAAUGAAGCCAGUCAGGUUUUUCAUUCUUUGUAUUUUGACCGGAGACAUGGGGCAAAUAUUAGGCUUUAUGUAUGGGCCAUAAGGGAUGUUUUCUUUUAGUCAAUAUUCAUUUUGAUUGGUUGGGCCACUUGUUGUAACAGCUAUUAUAAAGAUAUGGAACAUCACUCCUGGACUGCAAAUAGGUGGAAUUGAGUCAACCUUUGGCAGCAACCUAAAGAUUUCUGCAUUUCUACCUGUCUGAUCCAUUAAAAU